CCGCGGUCGCGAAACCCAGAAAACAGAAGUAACGCCGAAUACGUUUAUAAAAAUUUAGAAUAUCAAUUGCGUUGAUACAAUGUUAAGGACGCUCUAUCGCUGUGGAGUUACCCCCCACCCGCGUCAUUGUUUUUGUUUGUUGUGUGUUUAACGUUUUGAUCAAUGAAAACAUUCGAUUAAAUGGACGCUGAUUUGUAAAUGUGUUGCUCGGAUAAAUAAGCCAGAGAAAUAGGGACCGUGCAAUGCAUUCUGCCGCCGGGAAGUUCAUGAGAAUUUGACAUUUAUGUGGAUGUUGUGGCUGCGCCAAGCCGCUUGCUGCAAAAGAAACUAAAUCUAAGACUGCUGCAGCGGCGUGGGUCGAAUUCGCGCGGGACACACCCACCCAAAAACAAAAGUAGUCCAAAGGCCGCACUCUUUCAGUGGUGUAGUUUAUGCACACCCAUACAUACAUGCGGUUGUACGUGUGAGUGUGUGUGUGUGGAAAGGAACCGGGGGCGGGCAGCAGAGGGACCGGUUUCGCAGAGCGCGAUUUACGAGUAAUUGACAAAGCAAACAAAUACUCGUACAACAACGAAUGCCGUCAUAAGCGAACUACCAAAUGGUCCAGUGAACGCGCACUCCAAUAAGAAAGAGAUUCACCAUCCAUCCUGUGGAGUGACUGCUUCGGCGAAAACGAUGCAACAAUCCUGUCCAGGAAUCUAUAAUUAGCUAUAUUCAGAGUACGAGUCCCACGCCCUAAACAUGGGCUUGCCUCCGCUGCAGACCCAACCGGGCACAUUCCUUGUGGCCCUUGGCCUCUGCUGCUGGCUUCUGGCGACGGCCAACGCACACAACUGUCAGCACCAGCAUCCCAAAGCCCAUGAGGUCGUCCAUGGCGUGCGCAUCCAACUGGCUGAUAGCGAUGAUGACGACGCCGCCGGCAGCAGCGACGCAGCCGUGCAUAGCGUGCGCCGGCGCAGCGUCACCGCCGAGCAGCCGCUGCGCAUUCUGCUCGUCUAUGAUGACUCCGUUUACAGGCUGGAGGAGGAGAAGUUUAAUUUGAUAAACGACACUGUGCUGCCGGAGGCCGUGCAGUUCUGGGAACAGGCCCUGAUGGUCCGAGAGACCAAGGGCAUUAUACGAUUGAAUAGGAAAUGCGACAGCACACAGGUCUACGUGAAGAACGGCCACACCCACUGCAUUGACCAGUGCAAGGCGACGACAAUGUGCGGCGAGGUGCAGGUGCCCAACGAGCAUUUGGAUGUCUGUCGCGUAUGCAAUGCCACUGGCCAGAAUUGCCGGAUAGACAGCAAUACCCAGCCGGGAGACGGCAUCCAGAAUGCGGACUUUGUGUUCUAUGUUUCGGCACGGCAGACCCAGCGCUGCUUCAAGGGAUUAACAGUGGCCUAUGCGGCCCACUGUCAGCAGGAGGCGGCCCUGGACCGUCCCAUAGCCGGGCACGCCAAUCUCUGUCCGGAGAGCAUCAGCACCAAGCCGCAGGAGCUGCAGACGCUCAUAUCCACAGUCAAGCACGAGAUCCUGCAUGCCCUGGGCUUCUCCGUUAGUCUGUACGCCUUCUUCAGGGAUGACGAAGGACGACCGCGCACGCCGCGCAAAUCGGAAACAGGCAAGCCGUUCCUGAACGAAAAAUUGCAGAUCCAUCAGUGGAGCAACGAGACCAUACGCAAGGUGGUGCGCGAGAACUGGUCUGUGCGUGGUGGCCAUGUCAAUAAGGAGGUCGAUAUGAUGGUGACGCCUCGCGUGGUGGCCGAGGCGCGUGCCCACUUCGACUGCGACAAACUCGAGGGGGCUGAGCUAGAGGAUCAGGGCGGCGAGGGCACCGCCCUGACUCACUGGGAGAAGCGCAUACUCGAGAACGAGGCCAUGACUGGCACGCACACACAGUCGCCGGUCUUCUCACGCAUCACCCUCGCCCUGAUGGAGGAUUCCGGCUGGUAUCGGGCCAACUACUCGAUGGCCACUCCCCUCAGCUGGGGCAAGGGUCUUGGCUGCUCCUUUGCCAUGCGCAGCUGCAAGGAUUGGAUACAAAUGAAUCAUGCCAGAGGCCGCUCCAUACAUCCGUUCUGCUCGAAGGUCAAGCAGGAUCCGCUGCAGACCGAAUGCACCGACGAUCGCAACUCGGUGGCGCUGUGCAAUCUCAUCCGGCACGACUACGAGCUGCCCAAAAGCUAUCAGAACUUCGACAGCCUCCAAAAUGUGAAAAGCGGCGAGGAGGGCUUCUACGGCGGCUCCGUUUCGCUGGCCGACCACUGUCCCUACAUACAGGAGUUCACCUGGCGCAGCAAGAACAUCAUAGUGCGUGGUUCCCACUGCCGCUUCGUGGAGAAUAAUCCGAAGCCGGAGAAGAACUUUGCCUUGGAGAGCUACGGCCAUGGCUCGAAGUGCUUUGAUCACAGCGAGGCCAUGUGGGAGGAGCGCUCCUGCCAUCAGACCCGCGAAUGGCAGCACUGGGGCAGCGGCUGCUACAAGUACACCUGUUUCGACGGUCGUCUGCACAUCCUGGUGGGCAACUACACCUACAAGUGCUCGUUCCCCGGCCAGAAGCUCUCCAUCCGCAUUGCCGCCAAUGGCUGGCUGCACAAGGGUGCGAUCAUGUGUCCGCCCUGUCAUGAGCUGUGCGGCUCCCACUUUGCCGCCCAGGGGAAACAGUGCCGGCCCGGUGAGGAGGCCGAUCCACUCAACAAAUACCCGCGCGACAAUCUUGCCUGUGGCGCGGAGAGCAGACAACAACGUUCCGUGGCCAUAAUCAGUGCUGCACUCUUGCUGGCGGCGGCUCUGCGGCUGGGGCAUAGUUAGGCCAACAGUCGCUGAUCCACUUGAAAGCAGUUUUAUUGCGUUGCUCUACGUGUAUUUAGUGAAAUUUGUACAUUUUAGCUGUAUCAUAAGCUCAAUUCGUCUAACUAUAAGUCCCUCUGUAAACGUAAUUCCCAUACCCAUGCCUCCCCUAUCUAGCUAUACUUAUACUUAUAAUUGUAAAUGUAUUUUGUCCAUCCCUACAUGUGAUCUUUGUUAAGUGUGUCCGUGAGAGAUCGAAUCACAGCAAACGAGGAGGACAUUCACGGGCAGCUCUAAGUUCUAAACAUUCCAAAGUCCGAUGCAACUUUAUUUGAUGUUCGGGAGUCCCAGACCCGGCUCUGUGUUGUUAUUUUGUUUCGCAUCGCCCAAAAAAAUACCUUGUUAUUUAUUAUAAUUGUUUAAUUCUCGCUUUUCGAAAUUCGUUGAUUUGAUUUUCAUGUGAUCUACAUAUUUACUCGAUGAUUAGUUUCUCGUCUAAGUUUAAAGUGUUUCAGCUGCCUAUCGAGCAUUUAACGAAUGUAUGUAUGUGAACUCUGCCCUCAAAUUGUAAUAUGUAUUCUGUACUCUGUACUCUGUAGUGGGGAUAGACUAGUGUGAGAAUUGUGAAUAAACCAAGAGACCAUACCAUGGCUUUGUAUUGAAAGAA